GAGGAGGAGAGACGCGAUGCUGUGAGAGAACGCGAGACUCUGCGAGAACAGCACGAGGAAUUCAACAAGGCGGCGCGACACCGGUAGUAAACAACAGCGCGACAAACUAUCCGCCAAUUUAAGUAAAUAACUACCUUAUUUUUCGGAAAAUAAUCAACCACCCUACCAUUCUGGAUAACACCGAAGAAAGUUUCGAGUACAUCGACGAGUGCUUCGAGCGUCUGGUAAUGGGGAAAAAGGAGACGGCUCCAAACAAGCGUUCCCGUCCGUCUGACUCACCUGAGUCACCUGGAGCUAGCUCGGCGGAUAAAAACAUCACGGACAUCCUGGAGUCCAUCGAAAAAAAAAUAACAAGUUUCGACGCACGUCUGGCGCUAGUGGAACUCCUCCACAAAGAGUUUAUGGCCCUCCGCGACUCCCUGGAAUUUAGCCAGCAGCAGGUGAUUUCUCUCGCCACCGAGAACGAGGCCCUGAAAGGAACGGUGCAGUCCCUGACGGAGGAUGUGGCUCAGCUAGCGGCCGAAAAUAAAAAAAUAAAAGAAGGUAUCAUCGAUCUGCAGGCCCGCAGCAUGAGGGACAACCUGGUGUUCUCGGGGAUUCCAGAACAGGCGGAGGAAAACACGGAAACCACAAUUAAAAACUUCAUUAAACAACAGAUGAAGAUCCCAGCGGAAGUUGUCGACAAGAUGGCGUUCCACCGUUCGCAUAGACUAGGAGGAAGACGACCGGAUGGCCAGCGUCCUCGACCCAUCGUUGCCAAGUUUCAUGACUUUAAGCAGAAGGAACUGGUUAAGAGCCGGGGCAGACAGCUGAAGGGAACCGACUACAGCGUCAACGACCAGUUCCCCAAGGAGAUCCUCGACCGCCGCCGCCGACUGUUCCCCAUCCGUAAGAGGUUCAUGGCAGAAGGCUGCAGGGCCGUCAUCAGCGUCGACAAACUGUACGUCAACGGAGAGCUCUACCGGGACCGGGAAGCAACUCCGUGGCUCUACUAGCAGGUGGUAAGGAUGCGUGGGGCUCGGGUGCUGCGUCAUGUCUGGCACAGUGGUGGGGGGGUGACUGGUGGUUGGUGGUGCCUGCCUGCCUAAAGAACCGGGACAACGGGUUGGUGGACUCAGGGCUGGCCGCAGGGGUCCCCUGCGGCGGGGGUGUGGUGGCUGCUGGGACCGGCGGCCCUGUGCCGGGGUGGGACCAUUUUGAGGGUUGGCGUGUGCCUGUCUCCGGAGAGCCGGAGGCGGGCCUCCCUGCCGGUGUGCGGGGGCGGACCUGGGGGUGGAGACCUGGGUAACCUGCGUUUGGGGGACUCCCUCUGGGGGUGCCUGCCUGUGCCCGGAGAGGUGUCUCUCCCCUGGGGCGCUGCCCCUGCUCGGGUGGGGCGCUGCCUGCCCUAGCGGUCCGACGCCCUCUGGUAACUGCUCGGGCCUGUUGCAGGGGGGGUUGGCGGACUACUCAGGCUAGAACCUUCAUUGGGCCCUGGGCGGAAGCUGGCCCUCAAUGCACAACCGCAGAGUAUAUGUGUGGGUUUGAGUGUCACACUACACGGGGCGAGCAUGGGCAUACUUGAGCGAGAGAAUGGGUAAGUGUGAAAGAAGGGUGAGGAUGGCUCUGGCUGUGCUGCGUGUGGCGCCUGGGCAGUAGUACUGCGGUCCCUGGGUCUCGGCUGUCCCUUCGUGGCUGGGGGUUGUGGGGGGUGGUGGGAUAGGUAGCAGAGCCAGUCGGGAACCUGGCUCUGCGGACCCUGGAGCUCUGCUUCCCAACUACAUUUCUCCGCAUUCAUCCACUUAGGUCUGCAAGGGGCGUCCUGCUGAUGGAGGGACCAGGGCUACUGGGAAGUGGUUCCGUCCCUUCCAAGUGGGAUGCUCUGCAGUUUUAAUUGCAUUAGUCAUACACACUUGUCCAGGAAUCUGGGGGCUCCUUCCGGGGGGGCCAGUAGACUUCCCAUUGAUGGCUUUGUCUGCUGGACCCCCCGGAGAAUUGGGUAUCUCCCAAAGUUCCUCAUACUUAGCUACAUACACAUACAUUUAGGGCCGGGGGUGGGCUCUUUCACUGGGGCCUGGGGCUGAGGCCAGUUGUGGCCUCGGCCACUGGCCCUGAUGGAGAGAUCACCACCCAGUUUUAACUGCAAAAAGACAUUUAGGGCGCGGGGGGGCACUGUCCGGGGGACACACCGUCAGCCAGCGGUUGUGCUCCUGGAGGUGUCACCCACCUUCAGUGCACUUUAGUUCCACACACUCACGUCCAAGCUGGGUUGCAGGGUUCUGGGGUGCCUUUUUCUGCUGCCCUCUGCCCCCUCCGGGUUGGGGGGGUUGGUCGGGGCUCGGGAGGAGCUGCGGUCCCUGCCUGGGGCCACAUGGACGGCAGGCCGGAGACCUACCCUCCCCACGAAUGUGAUCAAGCGAAUGGUGUGGGUGGGAGAAUGUAUCUGAGAGUGCAUUGGUUCACGUAUGAUUGACUAGUUUGUUAUGAGAGAGUCUAUGGUGUGUGUGUGUGUUGAUGUGAUGAUGUGUGUUGCACAUGUGGGUGGGUGUAUGCAUCUGUGUUUGUGUGAGUUGGUAUGCGUGUGGUGCGGUUGAAGUGUGGGGGGUCCGGUUUUUCGCCCGGGGUACGAUGAUCGUCUGCCUGGGUGG